GUCAUGCACUUCUAUAAGUCGUUUCUUUAUUACCUUAGGAGUUGAAUGGACGCCUCAUGUGAGCACGUGAUUUAGUGGUAUUUGCCCGAUGUACAACGAGAGCAUUUAUGCCUGCAACGUUUAUAAGAUGGAAGAAAAUGGCUAACGGCCAUCGUUUGGUUCGCCUUCCUACGCUGUAUGUACCACACAAAUGAUCAUUG